AUGAACAAAAUAGACACACCCAAAAACCCAAGAGGUGAGAUGUGCCACAGGAAGAAGUUGAAGAGGAAUCUGAAAUUAGAGGACACUGGAAGGCACACGGUUGAUAAGUUACAUUUUAAAAUGAUAGAAACGUGGGUCAACAACAGAGCAAAAACAUUUAAAAAUGCCCUAGUGGAGAAGAAGAAGAAGAAGCGACGUGAAGAGUAUAACACACGCCAAAUACACAGGUACAUACAUAAAAUGACAACGCCCGAGAGUGGAAAAAAAGAUCCAGCAUGGAAGUAUGCAACAAUGGUAAAUCCUGUAAAUCUAAGCAAGUUCAAGUGUAAUUUUUGUGGAAAAGAGAUGAAUGGGGGUGUUUUUCGAGUUAAGCAACAUCUUGUUGGAGGGUAUAGGAAUGUACUUAAAUGUCUUAGAUGCCCAACUGAGGUUAGUAAUGAGGUGGCUGAUUAUAUGGCCAAAAAAAAGCAACUGAAGGAUCAAUUGAACUUGAUGCCUGACUUUGAUGAAAUGGUCAACGAAGAAGAUUUUGAGGAUGAGGAUGAUGUUGUAAAAAUCUCUCCACAUGGUAAACAGCCUGUUCCUAUUCAAGGUUCUACUCGAAAAACUACCUCUACUUCUAUUCGAUUGAAACCUAAAAAUCCUAGGAAGAAGAUAGGGCCCAUGGAUUGUUUCUUCACACCUGAGCCAGAGUUAGUGGUGCAAAAAACAAAAGGCAAGGGAAAGCAAAUUAAAAUUGAUGAAAAUGAUCCUUAUAGAAAAGUGUUAAUGGAGAGGGCCUAUGUCAGAAUUGCAAGAUGGAUAUAUGAUACUGGAAUUCCGUUUAAUGUAGUCAAUAAUGAAAGUUUUGCACCAAUGAUUGAAGCCAUAGGACAAUUUGGUCCAGGUUUGAAACCACCAAGUUACCACAUGAUACGGAUUCCUUAUCUCAAGAAAGAAGUGAAUCAUGUCCAUAAGUUGAUGAAGGAGCACAAAGAGGAUUGGGCAAAGUAUGGAUGUUCUAUAAUGUGUGAUGGGUGGACGGAUAGGAAGCAUAGAACUUUGAUUAAUUUCUUGGUGAAUUGUCCUAGAGGAACCAUGUUUCUUGAGUCUAUUGAUGCAUCUAGUUACUCAAAGGAUGCAAACAAGAAAAUUAACUUGCUUGACAAGUUUGUUGACAAAAUUGGAGAAGCUAAUGUGGUCCAAAUUGUCACUGACAGUGCUGAAGCAAAUGUAUUGGCAGGUUAA